AUGAACGGCCUGCACUGCCUGACUUUGCUCUGUGCUCUCAUCAGCUUGGUGCUGCACCUCUUUGCCCUGGCCUCAGACCACUGGCAGUAUGCAUACGAUGCUCACAGCGGCCUGUGGCAAGAGUGCAUAGGCACGAAGUGUUCUAUGCGUGGAGCUGAUGUGAAAGGAUACCUUCACACCACCCGAGCUUUUAUGGUGAUUGGGAUGUUCCUCGGUAGCCUUUCCUAUUUUCUUCUUUGUGCCAUGUUUUUCUACACUCAGAGUGCCUACUACUGCCUAGCCAAGAAUGCAGCUAGUCUGAGCUAUGCUGCAGGUAUUUGUUCCAUAAUUGGCAUGGCCACAUACACAGCGUCUGUGACGUCAGACUCUUAUGGAUGGUCUUUUGAUGUGGGAUGGGCCUCCUUCCCUCUGUUCUUUAUAACUGAGCAGCAGAGGUGUGCCCGCUGGCACACAAUUGCAGAAAUGAGGUUAACGGAGUGCUCGCUCCCUUAA